AUGUCACUUCUCACCCACCUGUUGGCGUGUCUGUUCGGAAUGGGCUCCUGGGUUUCCAUCAACGGCCUCUGGGUGGAGCUGCCUCUGAUUGUUCCCCAGAUCCCAGAGGGCUGGUACCUGCCCUCGUACCUCUCAGUCCUCAUCCAGAUGGCCAACGUUGGGCCUCUCUUUGUCACCCUGAUGCAUCGCUUCCGGCCCGGCGCCCUGAACGAGACAGCCGUCAUAUAUGUGAUCAUCAGCCUGGGUACUGUGGCAAGUUUCCUGCUGAGUUUCUUCUGGAAGGAGACUGUUGUUGUGGCAGGUGUUCCUCGCAGUGUAGCCCUCCUCAUCUUAACUUUCUUCCUCGCUGCUGUUGACUGCACUUCCUCCGUCACCUUCCUGCCCUUCAUGAUGCGCCUCAAGCCUCAGUAUCUCACCACCUACUACAUUGGGGAGGGCGUGAGUGGCCUGCUGCCUGCUAUAGUGGCUUUGAUCCAGGGUGUUGGGGUAGUCCACUGCAUAAACAGCACGCAAUCUCUGAACCACACCCUGAACUCCUCCAACCACUCUAUGACCUCUGACCUCAGGGCCCAGUAUCAGCCAGCCAACUUCUCUGCUGAGGUGUUUUUCUUCUUCCUGAGUGCCAUGAUGCUGGUGUGUCAGGUGGCGUUCCUGCUGCUCAACUACCACCCGGCUGUGGCCAGGGAGAAUCCCAGCGAUCAAUACACGAAUGGACUGAAAGAGAAAUCUCAGAGAAACAGGAAGUGGGCCGAGCAGAAGCCCAUGAUGGAUCCGUACAGACCUUCAAACCAGAAGCGCAGAAGCGGCUUCGGCACCGGUGCUUACAGCUGGAUGCAGGUGAUUUACAUCUUUGUGAUUCUGGCCUGGACGAAUGCUCUGACCAACGUGGUGCUUCCCUCGGUGCAGUCCUACUCAUGCAUGCCGUACGGGAACAGCGCCUAUCACUUAUCAGCCACCAUGGCUGCUGUGUCCAACCCUCUGGCCUGCUUGAUCGCCAUGUUCCUCCCUAUAAGAUCCCUGCUGCUGAUGGGAGCCCUCACGGUGAUCGGCAGUGGCGUUGGAGCCUACAUAAUGGGCAUGGCGGUGCUGAGCCCAUGCCCACUGCUGGUCAACGACACCGCAGGUGGUGUCAUCAUUGUGUCGGCCUGGAUCGUCUUCGUCCUCGCUCUGUCCUAUGUGAAGGUGAUCAUCGGCGUGAUCCUGCGCGACGAGGGCCACGGCGCCCUCGUGUGGUGUGGGGCCGUAGUGCAGCUCGGCUCCCUGCUGGGGGCCGUCACCGUGUUCCCGCUGGUCAGCGUGCACAGCUACUUCUCAUCAGGAGACCCGUGCAGCACAAAGUGUGUUUAG